AUGUACGCACAAAUUCAAUUAUAGAACUGUGUAGAACUUUAAGUACAUAAGAAAACCAAAGAUUCCAUUGCUUAUUAACCUAAGUUCCCAAGAACUAAUGAAACUGUAUGCUAUUCCUAUGUAUUUUUAGGAACCAGAAGUUCUGACUCUACGGCAAAAUAAUCAAAAUAGCUAUUUAGAUCAAUUCAUAACAAUUACACAUCUUAUAUCAAACUGUAGGGGAUAAUAAAGUAAUUGGAACACUAGGAGAUUUGGAAUGGUAAUAACAGGGAAAUAAGUGAAUCUGAUAAAUUUGAAAAGGUGAAUAAGGAACAUCCUCAUUUGUUUAAGAAUCAUGUUUAUUCUCUCUUAGGUUUAUUUGAAGAAACAAUUAAAUUAUUAUUAUUAUAGACUGUGAAGGAUUUCAAAUUUGAUGUUCCAGAAUUAUGA